CUUGGGGGUCUGGCUUGGCGGGUCGUUUUAGUAUUCCUGUCCUAUGGGUGUGCAGCUUUGCAAGCCACGUCAGGCCUGUAGCAACUGCUCGUCUUGCUCUCCAAGGUUAGAUACACUCGACUGAGACACUGGAAGAAUAAGACCUUGGGAACUAAAUCACAAUUUUGGCACUGUUUUUGUGCGUUUAUUUUCACCCGAAGCCUAUGAAACACGCGUGACGGAUAUACAGUGACAUUUUCUAUUCUAUUUCUAUUAAAGCGACGUUUUGUGCAUUGUCGGGACAAUACUUUGUUUUUGUCAAGUGAUUCAUGGAAACGCAAAAUUAUAAGAAAUGGUUGUAUUUGGUGAAAAGUCGUGAAAGCAAUUGUAUCCUCCGACAACGACAGCGGUGCUUAAGGAAAGAGAGCUCCACCGGUCCCGGAGUUGGUGGGUAUUGUCAAGGCUGUAUCGUGUAGGCUACCGUCUGCUGGAGUGAAGGUGACUCGCGUCCCCUUUGCAGUCGAGGCAAUGCGGAGAGGAUUCGCGAGCGCUCAUCCGAUUCUUCAGUGCACCGAGUGUUGCCUUCAAAAAGACUUAUAUAUGUUGCAGCUAUAAAGAGAAUAGGAAGAGACAUAGAAGGAAAGAGAACAAUAAUACUAAGUAGGCUAUAUCCCUUAUAGCAUAUCCCAGUAGGGAUUCGCUGCGUUGUAUCUUUCCCAAAUUGCCUGGUAACGGAGGAGACUAUAUAGGACACAAGAGCCAAAUACUGGAGUUUUGGGAAGAUAAACAACGUUCUGUAUUAGCGCUGUUUUAUUAGUGGAUGUGUAUGCAUGAGUUCUGCACCGAAUGGGCGCAAGAACCGCCCCAGAUCCGCCGGGAACAUCUUUCAGAUCGGCAAACCUCCCCACCGAGACCAAGAGAGGAGAGAGAGCACCGAAAGUACCCGCAAAGCCCAACGCGCCGUCGCCGACUGCAGAAUGAUCGUUCAGGAGUUUAACAUCCUCGUGGCCCUGUACCGUGAACUGGUAAUCUCAAUAGGCGAAAUCUCCGUCGACUGCCCCUUGUUACGUGCCGAGAUGCUAAAGACCCGAACGAAAGGUUGUGAGAUGGCCAGAGCAGCCCACCAGAGCCUGACAUUGAUAUCUGGACCUGAGGAUGGAGAGAUCCAUCCAGAGAUCUGCAGGCUCUUCAUCCAGCUGCAGUGCUGCUUGGAGAUGUACAUCACUGAGAUGCUCAAGUCUGUGUGUCUGUUGGGCUCCCUGCAACUCCACAGAAAAGGUAAAGAGUCGUGCGGACCCCACAGAAUUCACAGUAAGGUGGAGGAAAGCUCGGACAUUCCCAUCCUGGAGGACACCUCUUCUUCACCCAUGGACUGUCCUCAGCUCUGCUGGCUAGUGGCCACAGAUAUAGACAACAUAGAGAGGGACAUGAGAGAAAUGAAGAAUCUUCUUAGCAAACUCAGGGAGACAAUGCCUUUACCACUGAAGAACCAAGAUGACAGCAGUUUGCUGAACCUGACUCCCUACCCUCUGGUCCGGCAGAGAAAGAGGCGUUUCUUUGGGCUCUGUUGCCUGGUAACCAGCUAAGGGCCCCACCCAGGAGACUGCAUAUAAAAUAAAAUAAAUGUUGCUCCAGUCUUCACCACUUGUGUCUGGCACACCAAUCUAUUACUGCCAUUUUCAAGAUAGCUUGCUCACUCUUUCUUUGGUUGAAAAGGCUACCCAUUUUAUUUUGUAAUACAAAGAUGUAACAAAACCAAUUGCCACCAACAUAUAUUUUGAGAUAUUUUGCCACCAAAUUGCAAACUUUUGAGUCCAAUAUCUUGUUUGUCCAAUCUACAUGGAAAACAGAUUGUGACAUAAUGUCAACAUUGGAUUUUUUUUUUAUGUGAUGGAUUACUGGGUGAAUUUAAAAUGACAUCUGACACCAGUGUGUUACUGUAGAAAUACAUACAAUACAGCACACUUACAGUAUAGCGGGUAUGAAGUUUGUUAGCAUUGAACUGAGUGUGCAGCAUUAGGUCUGCAGGGUACUGUAUGUUUUGUAUGUGUCUUGUUCUGUUGUUUUGUUUCUUGCUGUUUACUACUACACGUAACAUUUAUUUAGUCUUCCAUGAACCAGAAAACUGUACCCAACUUUACUUUCCAGCUUCAAGCGUAAAACAAUACAAUAUAUUACAAAAAAAAAACUUAUUUGCACAUAUAUUACAUCUAUAACUGGACACUUUAGACCUGCAUAUAAUCAUACUGUGGAAGUGAUGCGCACUAAAUUAUUUUCCAAGUUGGAUUUAUUUAGCAAAGUCCUGGAAAUUUGGCAUAAGCAGGUAGAGUCCCCCUGUGUGCCUGGAACAGUCAAUGCAAGUAACAGGGUGGCUUAGCAUGGGUCUUGUUUAUUACUGAUAGUAAUGUAUGUGUAGGGCAUGGAGAAGGUUGUAG